UGCAACUAUGGCUCUGCUCAAAACUGCUGUACUUCCGCAUUUAUCUCUUUCUAUUUUAAUGCACUGAUUAAAUGCGAAAAUCUAACUCACGAUGCUGUAAGAGCCUCCCAUUAAAAACCCUUGUACGUAACACUCAAUACACAGAAAGCAACACUUUCAAAACUAGCUAUUUAGAGAAGUGUUUUAUGUGAGUUUCUUAUUGUUCUUGGUUGAUGAUGAUGAACGGCCACAAAGCUGAUCAGAGUGUGGAGACAAUGAAUGGAUCCCACGUGGCGGCGGAGAAGGAGGUGAUGAUCGACCGGCGCAGAAAUGAGGUGGUGGUGCAGCUGGUGUUGAGGUUUGUGUGCUUGGCGGCUUCUUUGGUGGCGUUUACACUCAUGAUUAGGGCUAGUCAAAAGGGUGAAGUUUCUAUUUAUGGGUUCCAGCUAGAUGUUUCUUCCAAGUGGUCUUAUUCUUAUAGUUUUGAGUAUCUCCUCGGAGUUUGUGUGGCUGCAGCAGCUUACUCUUUGCUGCAAUUGCUUAUCAGUGGCACAAGGCUGCUCAGGAAAGUUCCACUGAUUCCCUCAAGAAGCCAUGCCUGGCUUAUAUUUGCCCUUGAUCAGGUUUUCGCAUAUGCAAUGUUAAGUGCAGCGUCAGCUGCAGCUUCAGUCACAAAUUUGAACCGCACAGGGAUUAAACAUGCCCCUCUGCCGAAUUUCUGCAGAGCUUUAUAUAGAUUCUGUGACCACGUUGCCAUCUCAAUAGCCUUCGCCUUCUUCAGCAGCCUAUUGCUUGCCGUGACUGUUCUUCAGGAUGUGAUUUGGCUCAUCAAGCCUUGAAUAUUCGUGACCUUUUAUUGCUAUACUUAUAUGUAGAACUAAUGGAUAUGAAUAAGCUUAAAAUCUAUGUAGUUUGCCUAGUUUCACUUAUGCAAUAUUGUAAAGCUCAGGAUUGGCCUUAGUAAAGAGCAAGAUAGGUUCUGUAAUUUGUAUUAGUAAUGCUUCCUGUGGCUCCUUUUGUGACCAAACUUAUCAAACUUCUAUAUUAAUAUGAUCAAACUUCCUUCUGUAGCAAAA